CAGUUUCCAACACGUCGAUCUAUUCAUCAACAGGUCAUAUUUAUACUCUAUUCAUCAAUCACGGCAUCUUUCUCCCUGGGUACCCUUUCUUCGCGGAAGCUACGGAUAUUUAAAGAAGUCUACUUUUUCACUUCGAACCGUACCGUUUUCUAUUACACAUCAAGAUGUAGCGAUGGAUCUUCCCAAAUUAACACCGAGCAAAUCCAAAGCUCGCGACCCUCCUCGCCUCUUCCUGCAUCCCUCGCCAGCAGCCUCGCAUGUCUCCCUCUCAGGUAUGAUGGCCGCGGCGCCCGCCGCGCCGCCCGCAUCGGCCUCGGCCUCGAACGUGCGCGAGAACGCGAGCGCCAGCGCCGCCGCAUCCACGACGCAGCAAUCGCAGGCAGCGCCGUCCCUGGCGCGGACGAGCUCGCUGCUGGGCCCGCGCAACCGCGCCGCCGUCUCGCGGCUGCAGACCGCGGACUCCGCCCGCACCGCCGAUAGGACCGACGCCCUGUGGGCCGAGAUGCAGGCGACGCUGGAAGAGGUCGAGCUGUCGGCGAGCGGCGGCACGCACGUCUUCGGCCCGGAGCACGACCGCAAGCUGGCCGAGCUGCGCGCGGCACAGGUCAGGCUGGCGCAGGCGUGGGCGCGCGGCGAGGCUGAGGACGCGAUUGAGACGACGGCGACGGCGACGACGACGAAGAAUGAGGCGACGAACCUGAAGGGCGCUUUGGGCGAGAUGGGCGUAUCUGCUGCUGCCGGGACGGGUCUGAGCACGACGAUAUCGGCUAACGCUGGAAAGGCGGUAGGCACGGCGGCGGAGGGAACGGAAGGUGGAAAGAGCACGGUUGGAACCGGAAGCGUACCACGACCUGGCAGCAGCGGAACGGGCCGCGAGCGACUAGGCGCCAAGCUUGAGGAGGAGACGGAGAGGGAUAUACUUCUCGCGAGAAAUAGAAGAGAAGCGAAUGAUCGCUACUUCUCGAAGAUAGAUCAGGGAGUUAGGGAUGUUGUCGAGAAACUGGAGGAGGUAGCUAUUGCCAUGAAGGCCGUUGAGGAGGAAACACGGAAUAUUUGGGGCGACAGCGCCAUGCCCGACAAUCUGCGAGUCUGACGAGGGUUAUCCUUUACAAUCGCAUGCAUCGUGUAUUAUCAGCGGUCUCGCGCAUUGGUUGGCUACGGUAUUAUAAUGGUCACUAGGGAAUGGCUUCACAUGGUC